AUGCAGCCAGGAAACAAGGGACAAAGCCCCGAACCACUGUCCGAAAAUGACAAGCGUCUCUUCGGAAAGUACGGAAAGCUAGCAGGUGGAGGCUUACUUGCUCAGAAGUCCAAAGAAAGAACGUACUUUGACUCUGGAGAUUUCGCUCUUUCCGCCGCUCAUCGUGUAACCGAUAAUGGUUCUAUUCAAACAGGCGCAGCGCAUCCCCACCGAGAAAGCAUCUCGCAACCUUACUCCCCUGUCCCUGCCGCAAGCAAUGCUAAUAAGGAUGCCAACGAAGAUCCACAUAGGAGGAGUGCUAGUCCACAGAAAAGCCCUCUCCAUCGGCAAAUCACUGAUAAGCAUAUUGAGGGCGUAAGCGGUACAAGCCAUACGAAUAAUGAGAGAGGUUAA